AUGAUGCUAUUUUUUCCGGUGUGCUGUAAAUACUAUGAGAAUGAGAUUGAAGGAUUGUUCGCUUCUGGAAAUUUCGAGUACAUUUCAGGAUAUCUUCAAACGUACCGUUAUUUUCAUCCACACCAGGCAGAUGGAUUUUUGCAAGAAGCAAAGUUUGAGAAAAUUCAUGCAGAAGCGAUUGUGAGUGGUUCGAAGGAGCGCGACCAAGUGGAUAUCAUCCAGGAUUUUCACGCUGGGCGCGAUUACGUUUACGUGGGUGUGCACAUACGUUACGGAAUGGAUGUUACAAUGAACGGUCGUAAUUUAAAGCAUGGACAUACAGCUAUUACCAAAGAUUAUCUGAUAAAUGCUAUGAAUUUCUUUAGGUCAGUAGUUUGUCUUUAA